UUUUAUUUUGAGGAGAGAAACCAUACGUAAAUGGAAUCACAACAAACGUGAAAACCAUGCCAUUUCCGGGUUUGACAGUCCGCGUGCAUAGCCAAGGGAAGCAAAUUCGCGGUAGAAAGGAGUGCUUUGGUUUGUCGGGAGACAUUUUUUCCAUUCUGAUAUUGGAUAAUGGAAACUGGAAAUGCCCAACAAAAAUUAACCGAGAAAGCAUCAACAGAAGAGUAUCACAUAAUUGCUAACGUGCGGAGAAACACGACAAGCAGUAGUCGAGAUGCGGCGUUUUCGCAAAGCUACGGUGAAGUGGGAACACUGCGAGAUGAACUCGAACACGAAUAUUUGAAUAUUGUGAAUAGCGCAACAAAUGACGAUAGAAAUUCAAACAAUGAUGUAGCGGAUGAUAAUAAACAUGAGCAAUCUGAUGACGAACUCGACUUCAUAUUGCCCUCUCCUCCGACAGAGUCUCCAGAACCAAGUAAAGAUUCUAACCCGACGAACAACGGACUCGACCAAUUCAAGUGUCCUGAUCAGGCAAAAUCUACCCACGAUAAACUAGAUGGUCGACUGCCUCACCCACCAUCAACUUCGAAUUCUGGAAAUGAUAAUCAAGAACAAACUGAUGUCUUGGAAAGGCCGAGAAUUCGAAAUGAAUUGUCUAAGGAUCAGCUUCGAGCGAAUACUUUCAAACAACCAGCCGGAUCACUGGGUCCGUGUUACGGACCUUUACCGGACGAUCAAACUAAUCGCACUACUGAAAAUAUUAAUACAGCCUCAUCGAGCCUGUCUGAGAGAGAUAGUUAUAUGUGGAGUUUAGGGAGCACAGGCCUUCCUUCAAUGCUGGCUCUUAAUGACGGAGGAGAAAGACUUCUCUGGCCAGCGGAGGUAUGUUUCCUAAUUUAAAACAAUCUUAGUUCAUUUGAUUAUUCUGAAAAAUGUUUGAAAUUCAAAUUGAUACCUUAAUUCACGUUCAUUUUGCCUUUUUUCAAUAUAUGUACAGCAAUCUCUGAUGCUUAUAAAUAUGGCUGUGCCUCGUUUGCGUCAUGAAAGUUCCACUGUUAUAUAGCCAAAUAUGCCCAUCUAAUGUUUAAAAAACGAAAGCAGAUCCUGAGUCAAAAAUCUAAUUAAUUAGUUAAAUAAUUAUAGCAUAAUUAUUAUCGAAAUGGUAUAUGCCGUAUAAUUUUGUUGUUUCCGUUCAUAUUUUAUAUAAUUUGUUGGAGUUAUAAAAACCUUUAUUGUAAUUAGACCAAGGCCUCCCUUUGGAGAGUAAGGCGCAAUAAAGAUAUACUAUACUAUACUGAAUGGUUGCAGUCGAGUCAAACGUCAAGGUUGAAUGAUUUUAAAAAUAACGAUUAUUGUUUUGUUUUGUUUUGUUUUGUUUUUUUAAUACAGUCCGCGCGAGUUCGUCGAGAAAGUUGGGACGAGAGCAAAAAAAAAAGAAAGGCUCUACCUUUCGCGCAAUAAUAACUAGAUUGGAAACGCUUGCUAAGCAGGCUACCGCUAGUUUCCACAACGUAGAGUUCGAACUCAGAACGAGUCCGUUUAUUAUGGGAUUAUCGACCCAAGAGCCGAGAAAGAGGGAUCACAUCAACCUUUCCAAAAUCCUCAAGCUUGGUUUUUUAUAAGGUCAAUAUUAAAUCAGACGAUAUACAGGCUUACGCGCAGGAGAGAAAUAUGCGUUUUUUUAAAAUAAAUCUUCGGUUACCAGAAUGAAUAACUGCCUCUUGGGUGUGUCAAGCCGAGAUAUCUGCAAAAUGCUAUAAGCUGCGUGCGGUUUCAAGCAUGCCAAAAACAUCAUGUUCCAGAAACUGGAAAAACAUAUAUGAAUUCACAUAAACUGAACUUAAUUUUGUUAUUAUUAUUUUUGGAUUUUUCGGUUGCAUAUACAGAAGGAAUUCCCUGAUCAUAAUGGAUUCGAAGAAAAUAGAGAUUACGUAUUGAGAGCGUCUAUAGGAAAGGGUGCUUUCGGAGAAUGCUUCGUGGCUUCCGAACUUCCUUAUGAUAAGGAGAGAGAGUUCUGCGUCAAAAAGGUAACGUUUCGUUUGUUUCGCAUUUUGCCCUUGUUGUGUAGUACAUAUCACAGACUGAACAUUGCUUAGUGAAUGCUGUAAUUUGAGAUUUAUCAAUCAUGCGUAUUUACAGGCUGUGGAUUGAGACCUCUGAAUUAAAACUAGGAAUGAAUUUGCAUUGACCUGAGUUGACUCCACUUCGACGUUGUUUUUUUUCGGAUAACUGUAUGGAGCAGUAGCGAAAGGGAAGGGAGGCAGGAAAGUAUUUGUUUUAAGUCCAGAGGAGUACCGAGUAACGCCCAAAAAAUGCCGUAGUCGACUUAGCGGACAUGGUGAUCGGCGUCAUAUAUACAUUACCCAUUCCCCGGUGUUAUGGCAGUAAUGUAAACUAGGAAGAUCGACUAGGGCCUCGCCGCUCGCAGGAUACUAGCUAGAGGGAGGGUUUUGAGUUAGCUAAGUUGAGGAAAUGUGAUAUCUAAACGUUACAAUCUGAAAGUCAGUGGCGUUAUUUCCUUCUCCCUCCAAUAUAAAUCUGACUGUUAUAUGUAACUGAACUAUAGUCCACAGUAGGUUAAAAAAGUAUUACAAUACUUGCCUAACUUACAGUUUAUUGGUUUUAUAUUUCUGUUGUUCUUUGUCUUAAAAAAAGUGCCAGCUGAAGGAUAUAAAUGAGCUACUGGUUUUAACACUGGCAAGAAAGGAAGGUGUUGCAGAAAUUGUGCAGUUUUAUGGUGCGAAGUUAACAGGCAAAAGUGCUUCUAUUUUUAUGGAGUUAAUGGAAGGUGAGAGACUUUUAAAAAUUGUUCCAAAGUUGAAAUUGUCAUUAGUCUCUGUAUAAAAGGAGAAAGUCUCCCUUUUUAUCAGUUCUUAGAAGGAUAAGAAGUAUUCCGAAGUUUAAACUACGAUUAGUUAACAUUAAUUGACUAUAAUAUAUAAUAGCUGAAAAAAUUGCUCGCAUAGCCAGUAACUGUUCAGGUUCAAAACGAACCUAUUUCUGAAGAGGUUUUCCUUGUUUCUGGCAUAGUUUUUCACGUUCUCUUUUACUUGAUUUUUCCGGAUUUUAAAUUUUCCUAACAUGAAAUCCUUUUUCAGGUGGAACCAUAGCCGAGCUUGUCGAAGAAAAAAAGGGGGAAAACGCCAAAGCUGUUGGUGUUGUUUCUUCGCCAGUAAUUUCAGAGAUAAACUGUCUUUGGUACUUAGGAGAUGUCCUGAGAGCGUUAGAUUUCUUACACAAGAAAGGGAUUGUUCAUAGGGAUGUCAAAGGUAACAAUCAAUUAUAAUUAAGGACAGUUUAAGGCUCGUGCGCUUAUGACCUGACUCCAUGCAUGGAGACUGUGUAAAUAGAAGCUGAGUUCUUUGUUUGGUGGACUGCUUCUAUUUCACAGAACAGAUCCGUAGCCGGUUGUUAGGUCAUUUGAAACCCUUUGGAAAGUUGACUGACUAACGCUUCUAUACUUUGGGGGUAAAAUUUGAAUCACCCUAUUAAAAUGAAAGGACAAGCCGCACGCGCACGUAAUUUAAUUCCAUCGUGUUUGUUUUGUUUUUGUUUGUUGUUUUUUGUGUGUUACAAUGUAGAACUUUUGAAAUUACCCGUUUAUGGCUGAUCCCACUAAAUCUGUCUCACUAUAUUUAAAGAGAAAUAUAUAGAUUUAGCCAAGGCCAAAUGCGAAGUUUUCUUGGGAUCUUAGUUCAGCAGGGUUCAACUUUUGCCGUAAGCAAGAAUCAAACUGAAUUCCUCCUGAAAAAUUGGAUCUACGAGCCUCUGAUCAAUUAAACCGAUAACUGGUUAGCGGAUAACUUUAAAAAGACGUCACCUCAAUCAGUUGUACAUUUAAGCGCGCGAUACAGUCAUGUGACACUGAUCAGCGGAUACCCUUUUUUGACCGCUGUCAUUUGACCAUAAGUUGGAUGUUCGCUAUGAGGGUGCGGACGUUGGGUACGGACGGGCGAUUUUUGUCCAAAUUUUCUUGGAUGCAUAAAUAACCAAAAGACCUCUCAUUACAUAACCGAAAAAGUUGGCAAAGCUUUGUGGAAGGUAUCGCUUAGCAUUAUUCUGACCUGUUCUUGUGAUUGUUUAAUCUAGGGUCAAAUGUACUGUUACCCGAAGACCGCCGCAGUGCCAGACUAGCAGACUUCGGAUCAGCUGGAAAUCGCAAAGUACGUAAAAAAAGUCGUUCGUGAAAUAGCCAAACAUCACUCCAUGUAAGAGGAUCCAACAUAGUCCUGGAUUCUGGAUUCCAGGCUGUGGAUUCCGGAUUCCAGGUACUGGAUUUCAGUCUUUGUCAGUGGAACUUAGAUUCCGGAUUCCAAUCGUUAGUGGGAUUCCGGGUUCCUUGCGCUGUAUCCCGUAUUCCGCAAGAAAAAAUUCCUCGGAUUCCGGGUUCCACAAGUAAACAGUUUCCAGGAAAAAACAGUUUUACUGGGACGACAAAUAUGAAACAAGGCAAUAAGUGAAUACGUGGUUCAUCAUACAGCGUGAAGCAACGGAUCUCAUUUAUAACCGGCUUUUGACGACGUUUUUAGAACGCUUAACUACCACUAUCUCACUUAAAAUACCAUUGAGUGGUUACAAUUAUAUAUUUGCAAGAGAAACACUCGUUUGUGGUCUGUCCUUUUCAAUUUGAUUGUAUUAGUUGAAUAAACAAUUACCAAAUUAUUUUUUACCUUUUCUCCCCUUUUGCCCUUAGGAUAUAGGUACCUUUAUUGACAUUUGGAAGAUUGGCUGCUUUUUCCUAGAAAUGUGGAGCGGAGAAAGACCUUCCAGGUUAUUGGCUCUUACUGUAAGUGGUAAUAGCCUUCUUUAACUGAUUCAUACUUCCCUGUUCUGCUUACAAGGUUAGCUACUACCAAGAGAAUUUUAAAGGAGCUCCGCCAGCUUCAAGAUUUUGGGCCAACCGGUAUAUAUGCGCUAUUGCGCAUGACUAAACUUGAGGCAGCUCAUUGUACAUGUGCAUGUGAGGCCAAGAUAGUGCGGUUGGAUAUCGGCAAAGGUCUAGGUUUUUAAACAAAUUGAAAAAAACAACAACAACAACGGAGUCAGCCAUUCAAGUUUUUCUCGAGAAAAAAAAAGCAAAGUAUAAAUCAGACAAAUAAAAACCUUUCAUACACCGGGAAUCUUCCACUUCGCUAGUAGAAAGGUAUAUACUAGCUAACAGGUUGCUCCAAUGGCUAACCCUUUAAAUAAUGUUUCUUGUUCAUAACCUUCAAAAAGACGUUAGAAUUUGACGUUUUCUGUGCUGAGGAAUAAGGAGGAAGUCUUGAAUGUUAAUUGCUGAUUGACAUGUGUUGUAUGUUUAUACAUGUUAAAAAAUUGUAUAGAGAAAUUAAGAGUGAGUUGUUGUUAUUUUUUAGGAAGAAGGCAGUGUUCACCCUCAAAGGCAGACUUCAUGUAGGCCUGAAGAUCACAUCCCCUUGUCAGCAUCAAACGAAACUAAGGAGUUGUUACGUUUAUGCUUCGGAGUAAAUAAUGAAGAACAUGGCAACCUGCCCAGCGCUACUGAACUUUUGAAAAAGCUGGAAUCUUUCCCAGCGAUACUUUCUAGAACAGUCUAGUGGACGUUACACUCCUCUUUCGGAUUCCCUGUUCAGGCCACUGAAUAUAUACUGCAACGUUCUUAAAACAGUUAUUUCAUGCGAAGUACGAAGUAUGUUUUCCCUUGGACACGGGCUAUCUGAACCGCGGCUUAUAAAAAUAUUUGUACUUGCUUUUCUGGAAGGAGUAAUGCAAAGAAUUAAUUAUGACAUGUCCCCCAAAAUAAGGAUUUUAUUUCAUUUCUUAUAAAGGUGUCGAACGCCUUCUUACGCUCGAGAUUAACCACUUAUAAUUACUAUGGCAAAAUUUUCAAUUUGAAUUUUUCAAUCUUCUCUCUUUGCAUUGGAAAUCAGUUUUCCUUGGCAGAGGGCUACACCUAGAGAAACUGCGAGUAUACAACUGCCCGUUGCCGGUUUGAUAUACACGCGAAUGUACAGCCUCACAAUGACGUUGGCAGGUAAACAUCAAUCUAUUGUCACGUUUGAAAUAAAAGAAAGAAAACAAGCGAAAAAAAAAGGUAAAUAAUAAAAUGAGAUAGAGGAACGCAAAAGCUAGCUAAUCUAAGCUAGAAAGUCUCUUUUAAGCUGCUUUAUUAUAAUCUUAGGCAAUGCCCCAUGCUAGUCAGUCAUUUGUGAGGUCGGCAUAAUAAAACAAUGCAAGCCCCUUAUCGCUUCAUAAGAAUUUAUGUUCAGGGAUGAUCCAAAACGGCCUAAGAACUACCAUCUGUUGAGUUUCUACCCGAACUAGCGUCAUCAGCCGACGUAUUGUAUGAACGAGUUCAGUUUCUGUACUUUAGUUUGAAGGUCUAGUUUACUUUAGAAGUUCUAAUGAAUUUACACAGCACAAAAAU